UCAGUCUUGCACAGGUGUACUGGCUCCUCCCCUUCAUUCUUGCACAGGUGUACUGGCUCCUCCCCUUCAGUCUUGCACAGGUGUACCUCCUCCUCCCCUUCAGUCUUGCAUGGGUGUACCGGCUCCUCCCCUUCAGUCUUGCACGGUGUACCGGCUCCUCCCCUUCAGUCUUGCACAGGUGUAUUGGCUCCUCCCCUUCAGUCUUGCACAGGUGUAUUGGCUCCUCCCCUUCAGUCUUGCACAGGUGUACCGGCUCCUCCCCUUCAGUCUUGCACAGGUGUACCGGCUCCUCCCCUUCAGUCUUGCACAGGUGUACCGGCUCCUCCCCUUCAGUCUUGCACAGGUGUACCGGCUCCUCCUCUUCAGUCUUGCACAGGUGUACCGGCUCCUCCCCUUCAGUCUUGCACAGGUGUACCGGCUCCUCCCCUUCAGUCUUGCACAGGUGUACCGGAUUCUCCCCUUCAGUCUUGCACAAGUGUACCGGCUCCUCCCCUUCAGUCUUGCACAGGUGUACCGGCUCCUCCCCUUCAGUCUUGCACAGGUGUACCGGCUCCUCCCCUUCAGUGU